AAAGCAAUCCAAGAUGCCGUUCAAGAGUAUUAAGGCCCGUCAGAUCUUCGACUCGCGCGGUAACCCCACCGUCGAGGUUGACCUGGUGACCGAUCUCGGUCUGUUCCGGGCUGCCGUCCCGUCCGGAGCAUCCACCGGUGUCCACGAGGCACUGGAGCUGCGCGACAACGAGAAGGCGAACUGGCACGGCAAGGGUGUCCUGAAGGCGGUGGAGAACAUCAACAAGACCAUCGCACCGGCCGUGUUGGCUUCCAACCUUUGCGUUACGCAGCAGAAGGAGCUUGAUGAGCUGAUGCUGAAGCUUGACGGAACCGAAAACAAGUCGAAGCUCGGUGCCAACGCUAUUCUGGGCGUUUCGCUGGCCAUCUGCAAGGCCGGUGCCGCCAAGAAGGGUGUCCCGCUGUACAAACACAUUGCCGAUCUGGCCGGCAAUGCUAACAUCAUCCUGCCGGUGCCGGCAUUCAACGUCAUCAACGGUGGUAGCCAUGCUGGCAACAAGCUGGCCAUGCAGGAGUUCAUGAUCCUGCCAACCGGUGCGUCGUCCUUUACCGAGGCAAUGAAGAUCGGUAGCGAGGUGUACCACCAUUUGAAGAACGUGAUCAAGGCCAAGUUCGGGCUGGAUGCGACCGCCGUCGGUGAUGAGGGUGGCUUCGCGCCCAACAUCCUAGAGAACAAGGAAGCGCUGAACCUGAUCCAGGACGCCAUCGCUAAGGCUGGCUACACCGGUAAGGUUGAAAUCGGUAUGGAUGUCGCUGCGUCCGAGUUCCACAAGGAGGGCAAGUACGAUCUGGACUUCAAGAACCCGAAAUCGGACCCGAGCGCAUGGUUGGCUCCGGACGCGCUGGAGCAGCUGUACCAGGGCUUCAUCAAGGACUUCCCGAUUGUCAGUAUUGAGGAUCCCUUCGAUCAAGAUCAUUGGGAUGCGUGGAGCAAGAUCACUGCCAACACGACGAUCCAGAUCGUCGGUGACGAUUUGACCGUUACCAACCCGAAGCGUAUUGCUACCGCCGUCGAGAAGAAGGCCUGUAACUGUUUGCUGCUGAAGGUGAACCAGAUCGGUUCGGUGACGGAAUCGAUCAAUGCGCAUCUGCUGGCAAAGAAGAACGGUUGGGGUACGAUGGUUUCGCAUCGUUCCGGCGAAACCGAGGACACGUUCAUUGCCGAUCUGGUGGUGGGUUUGAGCACCGGCCAGAUCAAGACUGGUGCACCAUGCCGAUCGGAGCGUUUGGCUAAGUACAACCAAAUCCUGCGCAUCGAGGAGGAGCUCGGUGCCGGAGCGAAGUACGCCGGUAAGAGCUUCCGUCAUCCGCAGUAAGC